UUCGUAUUUCGAAAUUCCACACAAUUUUUUCACACGACAGAGCAAAAUGGCGAACGUAAAAUUCAUAGCACACGGAAAUUAAAAGAAAAAAUCUAGUUUUUUUUUAUUUUAACAAAAUUCUUAAACCAAUUUUUGCAAUUAAAACCAAUACAUAUUAAAUACCAAAAAAAUAAAAGAAAACUACACAAAAAAAGUAAGUGCCAACGAAAAUGCAAAAGUGUAAUAUGAAAAUUUAAAAAAAAAAUGUAGCUCUUGAAUAAGUAAAAAAAGCAAUAAAAGGUGAAGAUUACAAAAUCAAUAAAGGAAAUCAUAUAAUCAACCCCACAACAUCUCCUCCGUCGUCGUCGUCAUCAUCGCUUUGGUCAAAUACAACACAUAACAGAAAUAAAUAGUAGAAGCAAAAUCUCUAGAAAUUUAACAAACAACAUAAAGUUGUUAUAAAAACAAAAACCGUAGAAAACUAAAACACACUUGGAGAAUAGAAAAAAGAAUCACGCCUCGUCCUCCUCCUUCCCUUUGCAAAAACAAACCAAACACACACACACAGACACAAUGGAGUUACGUGUCGGUAAUAAAUAUCGCCUUGGUCGCAAAAUAGGCUCUGGUUCAUUUGGCGAUAUCUAUCUGGGCACAACAAUUAACACAGGCGAAGAGGUGGCCAUUAAAUUAGAAUGUAUACGCACCAAACACCCACAGUUGCACAUUGAAUCAAAAUUCUAUAAAAUAAUGCGUGGCGGCAUAGGGAUACCGCGCAUAAUUUGGUGUGGCAGCGAGGGUGAUUACAAUGUCAUGGUUAUGGAAUUAUUGGGUCCCUCAUUGGAAGAUUUAUUCAAUUUUUGCAAUCGACGCUUCACACUGAAAACCGUGCUGCUAUUGGCCGAUCAAAUGAUAUCACGCAUCGAUUUCAUACAUUCGCGUGAUUUUAUACAUCGAGAUAUAAAACCGGACAACUUCCUAAUGGGCUUGGGAAAGAAAGGCAAUCUCGUAUACAUAAUUGACUUUGGUCUGGCGAAAAAGUUCCGUGAUUCAAGAACCAUGAAACACAUACCGUAUCGAGAGAAUAAGAAUCUUACGGGCACCGCAAGAUACGCAUCGAUCAAUACACAUUUGGGCAUUGAACAGUCGAGACGUGAUGACUUGGAGUCGCUGGGCUAUGUGCUCAUGUAUUUCAAUUUGGGAGCACUGCCCUGGCAGGGACUGAAAGCCGCCAAUAAACGACAAAAGUAUGAGCGUAUUUCGGAGAAGAAACUAUCCACUACGAUCAUUUCCCUGUGUAAGGGCUUCCCUAGUGAGUUCAUAAACUAUUUGAAUUUCUGCCGCCAAUUGCAUUUCGAACAGCGUCCCGACUACUGUUAUUUGCGCAAACUGUUCCGCAAUCUGUUUCAUCGUUUGGGUUUCACAUACGACUAUGUCUUCGAUUGGAACCUACUGAAGUUCGGUGGACCCCGCAAUCCUCAGGCCAUACAACAGGCUCAGGAUGGCAAUAAUGGUCAACAGCAACAGGAUGGCAACGGCCAACAGCCACCGCAGCAACAGACGACCCAGCAACAGCAUCAGCACAGUCAAAAUCAAAUCAGCAGUACCGUGGCGACCGUGGGCGCCAGUGGCACUCAACAGCUGAUGAGCAGCGGUGGUGCAGGCGGUCAGACACUGGUUAGCAGUAGUGCUGGCAUGAUGGGCGCAGGCUCCCAAAUGCUGGUAGGCGGAGGCACUGGUGGCAACGGCGGCCUCACAAUGGAUGACUCAAUGGCAGCCACGAAUUCAUCUCGUCCUCCCUACGAUACACCUGAACGUCGUCCCUCGAUUCGCAUGCGCCCUGGUGGUGGUGUACAGCCGGGCGGCGUUGUCACCGACAUAAGAAAUGCAAAAUAAUAUCUUAUCUUUUAGAUUAUUUCUUUCUUGCUAUCACUCUAUCGUAUAUGUUUUUCUUUUUUACUUGCGUCUCUAUGUUUAGAAAAGAAAACACACUGAUUUGGAAACAAAUAGCACGCGCGUGUGUGUCUGUGUGUGUAUGUCGUCGCCCUAGUUUGUAGGAACUUGUAUAUUUUUUUAGAUGUUUUUUUUUUAAUUUCAUUAUUAUAACAAAAUGCAAUUAUAAGUUUGCCUUUUUUUUCUUAGAAUUUAAAGAAAAAAAUUCGUUUCAUAAUUUCUCAUCAUCACCAGCAACCAUCAUCAGAAUUUAUAAGAAUUAUUUUUUGUUAAAUAAUGAGAUGAAGAUUUAAUUUUGUAGAGAGAAGAAUAUGAAAAAACCAUUAUUUAGGAAUAGAAUCAUUUUGUUUUCGAUUAUUAAAAAUAAUAAUUUUUAUUUAAAAAAGAAGAAGAUUAAGAAAAACAUUUAUAGAAACCCGGAGAAAAAGUGUGGCUUGCUUUUAAUAUGACGUCUACUCUAAGAAUUUGUAAUUUCUAACAAUACAACUUAAAGGGGAGUAAGAAUCUAAGCGAGUUGAUUUUUUCUUUUGCUUUCUCUUCUCUUAACAAUAUUAAUAAAAUAUCUUCUGUUAAACAUAAACAAAAAAUAAACUAAAAUUUUUUUCCUUAACAAAAAACGAAUAUAAAUUAAAUGUUAUGCUUUAUUUUGAAAUGAACAGAAAUAUACUAUAAAUACCACAUAUAACUUACCUUAUGAUUAUUGUAAUUUUAUACAAAUAAAUGAAGUUUAAUUAUAAACAAAAACAAAAAA